UUUGUAGCUCAUUCCGCAACCCUAAAACCUUCCGUCCAGUCCUCACUCACUCUCGCUCUAUCCUCUCGUAGUUGCCGUUUCCUUCGCUCCUUUGCAGCUAUACUACGGAACCAUGGCUGUUGAAGUUGAUGUGGUAAACCAGGAACUGACCCAGCCUCAUCAUGAUGUGAAGCUGUUUAACCGGUGGACCUUCGAUGACGUCCAUGUGAAUGAUAUGUCUCUGGGUGAUUACAUUGGGGUUGCUCCUUCCAAGCAUGCCACCUAUGUCCCCCACACAGCUGGGAGGUACUCUGUCAAGCGGUUCCGAAAAGCUCAGUGCCCAAUUGUGGAAAGGCUCACAAAUUCUCUUAUGAUGCACGGUAGAAACAAUGGGAAGAAGCUUAUGGCUGUCAGGAUUAUUAAACACGCAAUGGAGAUCAUUCAUCUUCUAACUGAUCUCAACCCAAUUCAAGUCAUUGUUGAUGCUGUUGUUAACAGUGGACCACGUGAAGACGCCACUCGAAUCGGUUCAGCUGGUGUCGUUAGGCGUCAAGCUGUGGAUAUAUCCCCUCUGCGACGCGUUAACCAGGCAAUCUAUCUUCUUACGACAGGAGCUCGUGAGGCUGCCUUCAGAAAUAUCAAAACCAUUGCAGAAUGCUUGGCUGAUGAACUUAUUAACGCAGCAAAGGGUUCAUCUAACAGUUAUGCCAUCAAGAAAAAGGAUGAGGUCGAGAGAGUCGCAAAAGCUAAUCGUUGAGGUUAUUUCUCAGUGUUCGUUCUACGUUGGCACAGCAAGAGUUUUUCUCCUUUUCUUGUGUUUACAUUCUUCUAAUGAAAACACUAUAGCCUAACGUGUUCUGUUUUGUUUUUUUUUUUUUUAUGGUUGUCGCGACAAUUCAUCUCUAUUUGGUUUUAGACUUGAAAGUUUUGAUAUCAAUGCCCCUUUCAUUAGAACAAGCAAA